GUCGAUAAACUGGAAGAUUUUCCGGGCUUUUAAUCGAUGUGAUCUUUGAUUGGUCAGAAACUUCUGAAGUCCAAAACGAAGAAGCUCAAGAGUCAAGCCUACGUCACAAGUCAUGGCCUGACAUGGCCUGCAAGCCAUCAAAAGUUUUCUGGCACCAAGUUACGAAGACCAGAGAACACCUGUUAAAUACAAGCUCUGCGAUCAUCCAGUCUCAUACUUCUCUGCUUACAAUCCGAAGCCAGGCCAGAACAGAUACCAUUAAUGGCAGCCAUGUUCCUUCUCCUUGCUUCCAUAGCUCUCUGCCUUUCCUGGGUGGUCGUGAAAGCAGCGUACUCAAUAUGGUGGAAGCCCAGGCGGUUUGCAGAGGCAUUCAAGAGGCAAGGAAUCCAUGGCUACCCGUACAAGCUCUUGUUUGGCAACACGAAGGAUGCAGCUGCUAUGCAAAAGCAAGCAUUGGCUAAGCCCAUGUCCUUCUCUCAUGACAUCGCUCCUCGAGUCCUUCCCUUCCUUAAAGAGGCUGUUGACAAGUAUGGUAUGCCCAGUUCCCAAACUUUCAUUGAUCUUGCCACUAAUCUCUGUUGCCUAGGUUACGAAGGUGAAUUGUGCAGAAUUUUUAGCUUUUGGUUUAUAUCCCACUCUUGUUAAGUGUAUCAGGUUACCAUUUUUACGACCAAGUACUUAUCUUUCUUUUGUGGAUUAGUUAUCUGAUUGUGGAAUUUUUUGCUGUAAAAGUAAGAAUUUUUUUUUUGGGAUGUUGAAUACUAUGGGUAAAAUAUGUCUCACCUGGUCGGGAAAGACGCCGCAGCUGAUCCUUGUGGAACCGGAGAUGGUAAAAGAAGUCCUUUCCAACAAAUCUGGCAAUUUCCCGAUACCAGAUGUGCAAGGUUUGUUGAAAGUCCUGGGGCUGGGAACAGGUCUUCCUGGCUUGAAAGGUGAAGAAUGGGCAAACAGGAGAAGGCUCAUCAAUCCUGCUUUCCAUAUGGAAAAGUUGAAGAGUUUGCUGCCAUUGUUUGCAAGUAGCUGUAGUGAACUGGUUCAGAGGUGGGAAAAAUCAAUUGGUCCCCAAGGAUCAUGUGAAUUGGAUGUGUGGGUAGAGCUCCAGAAUCUUACAGCAGAUGUCAUUUCUAGAGCAGCAUUUGGCAGCAGCUAUGAAGAAGGAAAGCAUAUAUUUCAAAUGCAGAAGAAGCUGGAAGAGAUGGCAGCGGAACUUUUGAAUGUGCUUAGCAUUCCAGUAUUAAGGUUUGUGAAGAUGAAGAAGAAUCGCAGGAGGGAGGAGCUGAAAGAAAAGAUGACAUCCCUGCUCAGUAAAAUAAUUGAAAAAAGAGAGCAGGAAAUGAAGUUGGGGACAGCCAACAAUGAUGAUUUGCUGGGCAUUUUGUUGGAGUCGAACAAGAACCACAGAGAGUAUGGGAGCAGGGGGAUGACAAGAGAUGAAAUCAUAGAGGAAUGCAAAGUUUUCUACUCUGCUGGCCAUGAAUCAACUUCAGAGUUGCUCACAUGGACCAUGGUUCUGCUUUCCAUGAACCCGAGCUGGCAGAUGCAUGCACGGGAUGAGGUUCUUAAAGUUUGUGGAAGGCAUGCUCCUUCUUUUGAUAACUUAGCACAACUAAAGAUUAUGACCAUGAUCAUAUAUGAAGUUCUAAGGCUAUAUCCACCUGCAGUCAUGUUGGGCAGAGAGACUUACAGCACUGUCAAGUUGGGAGACAUUACUCUCCCAGCAGGUGUUGGCUUGGUGGUGCCAAUCCUCCUGAUUCAUCAUGAUCACACCCUUUGGGGUGAUGAUGCCGACAAAUUCAAACCAGAGAGGUUCUCAGAAGGAGUUGCAAACGCCACCAAGAAUCGUCUUAUGUUCCUUCCAUUUAGUUGGGGUCCUCGAAUCUGCAUUGGCCAAACAUUUGCACUAAAUGAGGCUAAGAUGGCUCUCGCCAUGAUUCUGCAGAGUUUCACGUUUGAACUGUCACCAUCCUACACUCAUGCUCCACACACAAUCCUCACACUACAGCCUCAGUAUGGAGCUCAAAUCAUCUUGCAUAAGCUCUGAGGAAACUGCUGCUCUCUGCCUUAGUUUGCUAAACAGAUGGAUAAUGUGCUUUGAUAGUAGUAGUAGGAAACUACCCAGUCCUUUGUUUUCUGUCAAAGAAAUUAGUGUGGUGGUGGACCAAUUGUAAUCUUUUUAGAUGCUUGAGCUGCACCUAGAUACAGCUCUUUUGAUAGUUUUUGGACUUUUCUUUUCUUGUUGUAGAAUACAAGAAGUGGUGAAUACUAUGUGGGGAAGAGUAACAUAAACAAAACUGCAGUUCUAUAAAGAUGGGAUUUAU